AUGGAUAUCGAAAUAUUAUUCAUAAACUUUUCCACCGAUUUCCGUCAAACCAUUUGCUCAAGUGACAACCAAAAUGACUGUGUCACAGUACAAGAUACAGUAGAAGAUCUUACAAAUACAGUUUUAAAAGCAAGCAUGUUGAAGUCACCGGAAGAAAUGGAUCUUGUUUCACAUAUUAUUUCCGAUUUGGCAACGAAUAUUAAAGUGAUAAACACAACACAACAAGCGAAGGAGUUUAUAGAUAAAGUUCUAACAUGUGUUGAUGUUGUGGUCACAUCGCCACCGCAUGUGGUGGUUGCAUCGCAAAACAAAUGGCAAACAUCCACCAUUCUUCUCAGAAACUUAGACAAGAUGGCUGUCCAAUUAGGAAAUUUGAUAACUACAACAAACGAUUCUAUCAGUAUCUCAAAGCCAAAUGUCGGUGUUAACAUUGCAUUUGUAGAAGCUAAAGAUCUUACAAUUGAACUUUCCAAUGCUAAUGGAACUGUUGGCGUGUCAUUCUCGUCGUCAAAUAAUCAAUCUAAUUCUAAUUCUCAACUCAUCAUUCCAAACGAGACAUUCAAAUCAAAGAGAGAAUUAGUUUAUUCGUUCACCUAUAGUUCUGACAUGUUGUUUAGGCGUGGACAGAUAUCAUCUCCCAAAAAUAAUCCUACAAAAAUAGUCAAUAAGAAAAAUCGAUUCAAAAAAUCAAUCGAUGGUCAUAUCGUGUCAGCUAGUAUUGGUGAAACUAAGCUCGCAAAUUUAACAAAUCCAAUUAUUUUGAAGUUUAAAAAGAAUGAUACACAACAGGGAUAUCAAAGAAAUUGCCAUUUCUGGGACUUUAAUAUAAAUGUUCAAGGCGAGUGGUCAACCGAAGGUUGUAAAUAUAUUAAAGAGGAUCAAUCAUUUGUCUUUUGUGAGUGUGAUCACUUAACAAACUUUGCAUUGGUUUUGGAUGUUUCUCAAACGUUUAAAAAUCCUCUUGAACUGAAAAUUAUCACGUGGAUCGGCUGUGGAAUAUCAUUGGCUGGAUUAAUACUAACCAUAAUUACGUACAUAUCAUUGAAAAAACUUCGAGCUAAACUGGCACCAAAACUGCUGAUAUGUUUAUGCAUUUCAUUGAUGUUACUUUUAAUCACAUUUUUAAUUGGAGCGGAACAGACGCAAAAUCGACCUAUCUGUCAAAUUGUAGCCAUUUUGCUGCAGUUCUUUACAUUGACAACUUUCUCUUGGAUGGCAGUUGAAGCAUAUAAUCUUUAUCGUUGUUUUGUUCGUAUAUUCAAAUCAAAUACUUCGGAUACACAGUUCUUGUACAAAUCUUCGCUUGUAGUUUGGGGUUUACCUGCUCUUGUGGUAACUGCUACAACUGCAAUAUCACCUGGGAAUCUUGGCAAUGAUAAAGUAUGUGUGAUAUACGGAGCACCAUUUUACUUUGGUCUCCUGUUGCCAGUCUCAUUGAUUCUCCUUAUUAACUUCUUGACAAUAUACUUUGUUGUCACUGGUAUAAACAAAGCAUCAAAAACCAAAUCGGAAAGCAAAAGAAAACAACAAGAAAAGCUACACAGCACUCGAGUUGCAUUUACCUGUUCAGUCUUGCUUGGUUUGUCCUGGAUAUUCGGUGUGCUUGCAAUUGGAGAUCUCACUGAAGUCUUCCAAUGGUUAUUUUGCAUUUUCAAUUCCCUGCAAGGUUUCUUUAUCUUUAUUUUUUACACCAUCAAAAAUAAAGAUGCUUGGCAUGAGUGGAAGAAAGUGUUUGGUUUGGCACCAGACAACAGUUUUAAUUCAACCUUGACACGAACCAAGAAUGGGUCAAAGACAGGCCUCUACGCUACGACUAGUAACACUUCUCGUAUAAGAGCAGACACAUUGUCCACCACUUUAAGCAGAUCACCGUCUAGCUUUGUUGACGACGACGAAGUUGCUGAAUCUUCUGAAGAGCUACCUGGACGAAUUUCUGAGCAUAAAUUAUAACAUCAAACUAUAGUGUGUUAACAUUAAAAACAAGUUAUAUUGUAAAGAUGCCGUAACAUAGAACAUUUAAUAUUUUGUAGAGAAGAAAUGAGGUCAGAAAAUGUGUUCAAUUAUAAUUUCUAUGCGUUUAAUUACAUCGAAUGCUUGUAAAUUAGAACGAAUGACUACUUGCUGGUGAAUUCUCCCUUGUCUUUUAAGAUAUAUGUGAUUGUUUAAACUCAGAAUUGUAAAAUCAUAUAACAAAAAAUCGUUCUAGGACUGAGCUACA